UUGAUGACUGUUGUGGGUCCGAGGUUGCUGCUGAUCUCCGAGCAGGUUUACAAACAAAGAGCAAAGACACCGAAGUGGUUCACACGUGUCAUUGAAUGUCGUCUCACUCCCGGAGUGAGAGGCCGGAGUGCUCUGGCUCCGGGAGUGAGAGGCCGGAGUGCUCUCGAGCUUCCAGCGGACGACGUGAGGUCGUUUAUGGCGAACAUUAGUUAGCCGGAAGCUAAGCUGCCGUUAGGCUGCGAUGGUGCUCGCUAGCUCGCUGAUGUCGCACCGUAAACCCGAGUCGUAAAACACCAAAUGUCUGGCCACGUUCCGCUCGCAGCUGUCAUAAAGGACUCGGGGGCUCACGUACCUACGGCCUGGCCCACGGGAGUGCUGUACGGGUUUCCAAACAUCCUGAUGAUUGACCACUUAUGGGAAUUCACAUCUUUGGCCAGACUGGAUUUGAACAACAACCUCAUAGAGAAGAUCGAGGGCCUGGACCGUCUGAUUAAUUUAACAUGGCUUAAUCUGUCAUUCAACAGAAUCGAGAAAAUUGAGGGUCUGGGGUCUCUGAGGAAGCUUGAAGUGCUGAAUUUGUCAAACAACAGCAUCUCUGUCAUUGAAAACAUGGACACACUUGAGAAACUCUCUCAUUUCCUCAUCGCAAACAACCUCCUUGGACAGUUGGACAACGUGCUCUAUCUCAGGACGUUCAAGAACCUGUUCACCGUCAACCUUUAUGGGAAUCCUGUCUCUCAGGAAGACGAUUACAAACUUUCCAUCGCGGCAUACUUUCCAAAAUUGUCGUGCCUGGACUACAGAUUACUUGACGAGAAGACCAAGAACGAAGCAUCUCUAAAAUACGGCUAUGUCCUCGACAAGAUCAAACGUGAGGAGCUGCAGAGGCAACGAGCUGAGGAGGUUAAGCAAAGCCAGGAAGCUGAAGUCAAACUCUACACGGAAGCCUUUGUGGAGUCCCUGAACGGCUCCCACCUGUUUAAGAGCAUGCUCAAAGACGAUCCAGAGGCUCUGCACAGUGUGCCCCAAGUGGCUCAUAUGCUUCAAACAUUUGAGUGCCAAAUGGUGGAGCUGUGUAUGCAGUUAUUUGAAACAGGUUUGGCAGAACACAAGCAAAGAGAGACAGAAGUGAACUCCUUCUCCGGCGGUCAGAAUGAGGCUGUGACGCACUACCAGCAGAAAGCAUCGCACAUAUUCACAGAUUUUGAGCAGCGACGCAAAGCGAGGAAGGCGGAGCUGCAGCAGUCAUCUGACCCGGAUCUCCUGAAGGUCAACAUCAACCACUGCAAAGAGGAAAUCCACCAACUCUGUAACAGCCUCAUGGCACUGGAGUUUCAGCUGAUCAGCCAGCUGGAGGAUAACAUCAAAAAGUUGGACAUCAACAUCUCAGACAUGAUUGGCAACUUCAGUGAAACUGCUCAGGGGAUAUUUGCACAAUGUCGAGAUCUGGAGGAUAAUUAUCAUGAGAAGGUGCGAGGGGUGAUUGCAUCAACUCUGGAGGAUGUGGCUAAGGACAACCGGGAGAAGGCCGUGCCGGAUCGUGAUGAAAUGAUGCUUGUUGACAAAGACACAGUGAUGGAUGCACUGGCCACCAGCCACGACAACCACCUGCAGAUGAUCAAUGACCGAGAGACUCAGCUGAUGACACGCGCCGAUGCCUGGAAGGUUGCUCUCGUCAAAGGGAUCGAAGAGAAAGAACUUAAGAGGAACCGCAUGCGAAUCUCGGACAUCCACAGAUACGCAGACCAUUUGUUGGAGCAGCUGGAAGAAUUGCAGUAGCAUCAUCGGUUAAGCCCCUAAAAACAUUUUCAACACCUCACUGGAGACAUGCCACAUACCAGCCUGCUUCAAGGCCUCCACCAACAACCCCCUCCCCAAAAAACAAGGAUCACAGGACUUAAUGCUACAGGCCCUUCGCCCUACCAUCUGAGGUUAUGAAGUCUUUUGAGGGCCUUGUCCUGUCCGACCUAAAUACCCUCACUGGUCCCCCUGCGGUAUGUCGACGACGGAGUCGACAUGGCCCUCCACUUCAUCCUCCAGCAUCUGGGCUCCUCUGGAAGCUAAGCCAGGACCCUGUUUGUGGACUUCAGCUCUGCCUUUAACACCGUCAUCCUGUCUGCAGACAAGCUCUCCCAGCUGCAGGUGCCUUCGCCUUGCAAUAAAACAUUUGCAAGUAAAAAGCAGAUACUUGAUCAAUACAUUUGUUUAACAAGCAUGAAAACAACCCCUAAUUAAAUUGGCUUUAUCCACAGUCUCUCAUCCACCUGUCG